UCAGUGCAGACGUUUCGAUAUAGAAAACAUGUACAAGUUUUAUAUUUUAAUUAUCGGAGCGGCGUCAGCUUUGCCGAAUCCUGAGAAUUUUGAACAGAAUUCUAUAGAACCGACGGUGGAAAACACAGCGAGAUCGAUGGGUAAAGAUUGUACGGGCGGAAUUUUCAGCCCAACGUGCCUGAAAAUUGAGGCUAUAUCGGUUUUAGAGAAAUUGAGCGCCAAGGAUGAACUGCAUUUAUUGCCGGGCAUCAGUGUUGUUAAGGAAGCAACAGAAAAUGAUACGAAGGCCGAGGACUUUGCUGCUGAACUUGCUAGAUCGUUGCCAUCAAAGCCUGAUGAGAGGUUGGACAAAUAUCUUUUGUACAGACUCGGGACGUACCUGGACAGUCAUUCAGUAAAGCUGAGGCUUUUGGAGGACGGUGCUACUGAAGAGGCGAGGGCUCUGAUGGGUGAAGGACGUGGAAAAGGUGGUCUUGGAGGCGGGAAGAAGGGAGGCAUGGGUGGAUUGAUUGCUGCUGCUAUGAUGAUGAAGGGUACCCUGAUGUCGAUUGCUCUCGGCGCACUCGCAUUACUUGCGGGGAAAGCCUUAAUGACUGCGCUAAUGUCCCUGCUAUUAUCAGCUGUUAUUGGUCUGAAAUCAUUAUCAGGAGGCGGCAAAUCAACAACAUACGAAGUUAUAUCAAAACCGAUAUAUACUCACUCUCAUUCUCACUCCACUGGUCAUGAGGAUGUCGGAGGUUAUGGGCACUCGGGCUACGGAAGAAAUUUGAAAAUCCAAUAAUACACAGCGUCUUCGUGGACUGCUAUGAUUGUUUUAUUAUAGUGUACAAACGGAAUUAUUUAUUUCGACGAUUAAUUUAUUUUAUUUAUUCAUAGAUUAAGUUUAUUUAUUAUGUCUGUCAAGACACAAAUAUUCGUAUGGAAUUCUCAACUUAUGUGCUUAUU